AUGGCGCUAUGGCUGUUGUUGUUUGUGUCUUACGCCUGGGCAUUCUAUAUCCCUGGCUACUCAAUCACUCGCUACAACGAUGGCGAUCCGAUUCCUCUUCUUGUCAAUAAAAUCUUCUCCGACCACACGCAAUUGCAAUAUGCCUACUUCGACCUCCCCCUUGUCUGUCCCCCGAGUGGCAGAAAACAUGGUGGUUCGCCCUUCGGAUCUGGGCAGAGCAUCUCGCUCAAUCUUGGCGAGGUGCUUCGCGGAGACCGCAUCAUGACGUCAGAUUUCGAGCUGGAGAUGGGCAAGGAUGUCGAGUGCCAGUCGCUCUGUACCCGUGAAAUCAGCAGGUCGGAUGUCAAAUGGGCUCGCCAACUCGUCAGGGAUGGAUAUGUGGUUGAGUGGAUUGCGGAUAACCUGCCAGGAGCUACAAGAUUCGUGACGGUUGACCGCAGCCGCAAGUAUUAUGCCGCUGGAUUCAAGCUCGGUAAUCAAGACAUCUCACCGAUCACCAGUCGCCCACGAUUCUUCAUAAAUAAUCACUUUACCAUCCUGAUCCGAUGGAGGAGUCAGCCAGAGGGAGGAAAGGUCAUUGUCGGAUUCGAGGUCUACCCCAAGAGUAUCACGGCAGAGAACCGCAAAGAAGACGGUUGCCCCAAGGCCGUCCACCAGGAGCAAGAAGGACUGCAGCUGUACAUUGCACCCAACACAGCCCGACUACGCGAGAAAUACCCCGGGUCGUCGUACAUCCCUGAGGAUGACGACGAAGAUGACGGCGCCACGCUGAAGAUCCCUUAUACGUACUCGGUCUACUUCAGCGAGGAGAACGAUAUCGACUGGUCGAACCGUUGGGACCUGUACUUCACCAACCAGGAAGAGGGCGCGAUGACCCACUGGCUCGCGAUCGUCAACUCUCUGACUAUCUCCACAGUGCUCGGUGUGACCGUCUUUGUCAUCUGGAGUCGAACGGUCCAAGGUGAUAUCAAAGGACGUGGCGAUGGGGCCAUGGAAGAGCGGAAGCUCAAGGUGCAGUCCAGGCGGAAGUCUGGCCGGCACGCAGAGAAGAAAGGAGAGAGUCUCUUGGAUCAAGACGCAGAUGUGGAACACGACGCAGAUAUGUCUUCGGACGAUGAGCUCCUCGAGGAUACCAGCGGCUGGAAGCUUCUUCAUGGCGAUGUCUUUCGGACGCCUGCCUACAGCGGUCUCCUUGCCCCGCUGGUCGGCUCGGGUAUGCAGUUACUGUUUAUGGUGACAGGCCUGCUUCUCCUUAGCUGCUUGGGAGUGCUCAACCCCAGCUUCCGUGGUGGCUUCGUCAGUGUCGGAAUGGGUCUUUUUGUCUUCGCCGGCCUUUUCUCCGGCUACUUCUCGGGGCGACUUUACAAGACUUUUGGCGGGGCAGCCUGGCGGAAGAAUACUCUCAUCACCGCGCUGCUUUUCCCCGGAUUGUCAUUCUGCCUUGUUCUCAUCCUCAACUUGUUCGUGUGGGCCCAAUCUUCUAGCACGGCAAUCCCGUUCAGUACGCUUGUCGGCCUGCUGGCGCUCUGGCUGCUCAUCCAAGUUCCGCUGGUGUACAUUGGCAGCUGGUAUGGGUACGUGCGAGCGGCACCGUGGGAACACCCAUUGAAGACCAAUGCCAUUCCGCGACAAAUCCCGCCGCACCCGUGGUAUCUCCAGAGUUUUUAUGGACCUAUCCUCACUGGUUUGCUCCCAUUCGCCGUGCUGUUUAUUGAACUCCUGUUUGUGUUCAAGAACCUCUGGCAGGACAAGAGUGGAUACUACUAUGUCUUUGGAUUCUUGAGCGUGGUCUCGGCAAUCCUCCUCGUCACGGUCAUUGAAGUGACUGUUAUUGCCACAUACAGCCAGCUGUGUUCCGAGAACUACCACUGGUGGUGGCGGAGCUUCCUGGUUGGGAGCAGUAGCGCAUUCUGGAUAUUUGCAUACUGUAUCUGGUUCUAUCUGUUCAGGCUCCACGUCACCGGAUUCGUGUCGAGUCUGCUGUUCUUCAGCUACAGUUUCCUCGCCUGCACCGUAUACGGUCUGUUGAUGGGCACCGUCGGGUUCCUGGCUGCAUACGCCUUCGUCCGACGGGUUUAUAGCAAGCUCAAGAAGCUGAUUCUGUCCGCUGAGGAGAUGAAAACGGAGGGAUACAAGGUUACAGAAAUUGCUUCGGGUGACCUCCUGCGAAUGAGACGCUGCAAGUUCUGUCGCAAGCGCAUGACCAAGCAGAAGAACAAGAAGGAGAAGAAAGAUGACAGCCAAGAAAAUGGGAAGAAAGAUGGUCAGGACAAGGAAAAGUCACCGGAUGAUCAGCGGACCGCCGCAGACCCGGCGACUCCGCCGAAGAGCGAGGUGGAUUCUUCUCAGGUAUCUCCUCAGAAGGAUUCCUGGUCUUCUUCUAUUAGUUCUGACAAGUCUCCCGUCAAGUAUGUCAUCACCAUCGACCCCGAGACGGAAGAGGUGACCGUCCACACGGAGCCCAUUUCGGAGGAAGAGCAUGUGGAACGCGAGAAGGCUCAGAACGAAAAAGUCAAGAAGAAGCCCACGUGUCAGAACCAUCCCGGCAGGGUGAACUACAAUAAAUGGACCUGUUGCCAGAAACCGGGAUCCAGCCCGGGAUGUGUCGAGCGAGAUCAGCACGAAGCCUAUGAAGAGGAUAGUGUGGGCCGUCUCGAGGAUGAAUGGAAACUUUACGAGACUCCGCGGUUCGUGCGCGGCGCACGGCUGGCCGUUGCCCUAGACUGCGAGAUGGGCGUCACCAGAAAAGGCGAGUCGGAACUGAUCAGGAUCAGUGCGGUGGACUACUUCACCGGCUACAUCCUGCUAGAUACGCUGGUGUAUUCCACCGUGCCCAUGCUGCACCUCAACACCAGGUACUCCGGGGUUAGUUGGCAGAUGCUCAACAACGCACUAGCGACGCGCAGAUGUCUUGUGAGUCGUGAGCAGGCGCGACAGCAGCUGUGGCAGUUUGUGGGACCCGAGACCAUCGUUAUGGCGCACGGAGGUGCGGCCGAUCUGCUGGCCUUGCGGUGGAUCCACCGUCGCAUGGUCGACACGUUCCAUGUCGAGGGCACUCAUGAGAAUCCGGAGACGGGCCGCUCGCUGAAGAACCUAGCUGCCGUUCGAUUGGACCGGCGGAUCCAGGAGGGGCGCCGGGGCCAUGACAGCAUCGAGGAUGCGAUGGCGUGCCGGGAGCUCACCCAUUGGUACAUGGAGCAUUUGGCUACACCGGCCACUGAAGCUGCUCCAGCUACGAGUUAG